AUGCCACGUAAGCUACGUAAGAAUAUACGUAAGAGGAAGGGAGCAUUGAAACAUCCAAUAGUAAAACUAACACCGCAACAACAGUUGCAACAACAAAUGAUGAAUGACCCCACUAUGUUGCAACAAAUGUCAAGCAACCCUAUGCUUUUAAACCGAGUUAUUGGUGCACAGAGUGGAGGUUUAAGAGCGGCACUUUUAGCGAAAAUGGCAGGCUAUGGUGGAGCUGCAGACGGAACAGCUUAUAACCCUCAAAGUCAAAUGAAUUUGAGUUCACUCAAAAAUCAAAUAACAGAUGUCAAAAAGUCAAACAUAGACAUACAGAAACAAAUAAGUGAAAACGAAAAGAAACUAGAAUAUGACAGACACACAAAGAAACUCAAUGAGUUAAACGUAGAGAAAAAGAAGAAAGAAGAAC